UGCCGGUCACGUGACCUGAGAGGAGGAAGCGACGUGUGAGCGGCUCGGCUCGCGGCUGUGUGAGGAGGACAACAGUUUGUCGUGAGAGCUGGUUAACUACAUGGCGGCGGCAGGACACCAGGACUCCUCAGAACGAGAAGGCCUGUCCUGCUCGGGGACUCGCUACGGCUCCACAGACAGCAGCGGGGAGCAUGACCACCACAUUAACAAUCAUGGAAGCAACCACAGCAACCAUCGGCUCCCGACAGCGACGGCAGGUCAUUGGGUCGGGUCUGAUCAGCAAGAGGAGGCCAUUCGUAGGAAGUUGAAAUACUUCUUCAUGAGCCCUUGUGAUAAAUAUCACGCCAAAGGCCGCAAGCCUUAUAAGCUCAUCCUGCAACUGCUCAAGAUCUUUGUUGUCACAGCUCAGUUAGUGCUGUUUGGCCUCAGUAACCAGGUGGUGGUGACCUUCAAAGAGGAGAACACUAUGACCUUCAAGCACCUUUUCCUGAAAGACUAUGAUGAGUCUUCAGAUGACACCUUUGCUGUUUACACACAGAGUGACGUCUAUGACCACAUUUUCUACGCUGUGGAGCAGUAUCUGGCUUUACCAGAGACCACAGUGGGACGCUAUGCAUACGUCUACGGUGUUGGUGUGAAUGGAAGCGCACUCUCCCUCUGCCAGCAGUACUUCAAGAAGGGACGCAUCGACCCAGCCAAUGACACCUUCAGUAUAGACCCACAUAUCAUCACAGACUGUAUAGGUGUGAACCCGCUGUCAGUCCCUCCAGCUCCGCUUGGCAGCAGCUAUAAAAACUUUACACUCAAGUUCCACAAGUUCAUUAACGUUACUAUAGAGUUCCAGCUGAAGGCAAUCAAUAUACAGACCAUCAUCAACAAUGAGAUCCCAGACUGCUACACUUUUUAUAUAACGAUCGUCCUGGAUAACAAGGCUCACAGCGGCAAGGUGAAGAUCCAGUUAGAAAACCGGGCAACCAUAAAGGAGUGCAAGGACCCGAGCGUCUCUGGACACGCUGAGAACUACACGCGUGUAGCAUUUGAUGUGGCUGUGGCUUUGCUGUGCACGCUGUCACUUGUGCUGUGUGGACGCUCCAUACUGCGAGGCAUCAUGCUACAACAGGAGUUUGUGCAGUUCUUUAGAGAGACCAUGGAUCGUAAAGUAUGCUGGGCAGACCGGCUGGAGUUCAUUAACGGCUGGUACAUCCUCCUCAUCAUCAGCGACAUCCUCACUAUAACUGGCAGUAUCGUCAAAAUCGGCAUCGAGUCAAAGACUAUGUCCUCGUAUGACUUGUGUGGCAUCCUGUUGGGAACGUCCACACUCUUGGUGUGGGUUGGAGUAAUUCGCUACCUCACAUUCUUCCAGAAGUACAAUAUCCUGAUCGUCACACUUCGAGCAGCGUUCCCUAAUGUGAUUCGGUUCUGCUGCUGCGUGGCCGUCAUCUAUCUGGGCUACUGCUUCUGUGGCUGGAUUGUCCUGGGACCAUACCACGUCAAGUUCCGCUCUCUGUCCAUGGUAUCUGAGUGCCUGUUCUCCCUCAUUAACGGGGACGACAUGUUCGUGACGUUCACGGAGAUGCAGGAGAGCAGCACUCUGGUGUGGCUGUUCAGCCAAGUUUACCUGUACAGCUUCAUCUCCCUCUUCAUCUACAUGGUUCUGUCGCUGUUCAUCGCUCUCAUCACAGGAGCCUAUGAGACCAUUAAGCACCAAACCCAGGAACCUAUCCACAUCACAGACCUGCACGCCUUCAUAGCAGAGUGUACAGACGCACCAAGCUCAGGGAAGUUCAGGGGUCUGGAGACCUCGCCAUGCUCCUUCUUCUGCUGCUGUGACAGAACGACCACAUAUGAGGACGUCCUGCUAGUGAACUAAAGUUGACCUCGGUGACCUCACUCUCCUCCCCUGCUGAUCACAGAGAUGCACUGAAACACUCCUGAAGCCCAGUGUCUCUGCAUCAACAUCCUCUAUCUGGGUCAAACCUCAGCAGUGGCACAUAAAAAAAAUGUGUAACAACCGUCUCCUUAUUGGACCUUGUCCUGUCCUUCACUUUUUUGAAGAAGAAACUGAGGACUGACACACGACUGGACCAUCAGGGUGAACUAAUGCACAGACAUUUCUCUGUUCCUUGUUGGCUUUUAAAACAAAACAGUAUUUUUUUCCCCCUAUGUAUUUAAUGAUGCACAAUGCUGAACCAGGAGAAGAUACUAAGUGGGUACAGGUGCCAUGAUGAGGACUGAGUGCACACAUGGUGCUGACUGUUUUUAUGUUUGUGUUUUUCCUUUUAUAGUAUUUCAAAGUAGCUUACCUCUUCCCGACAGGGCUUUUAUAUUGAGGCAUUUAUACAUCUCACAAAACAUAUGCAACAGCUAAAUCCUUUUUCUUACUCCCAACUACUCUAAACUCUAUCAUAUGAGGUCCCAAUGGGACAUGUAAAUUCAUACAUAAUCCAUUCAUACAAAAUCCAACUUAUAGUCUUUUUUUAGACAAUCAGGGAGAUUCUAGAAAGGUAUCGAAAAACAGGACCACAAAUUGAUUUGUUUUCUCUUCCACAAGCUGCACCUCCAGUAUAAAGUGUCAAACUGUGUCCUGAGCUGCAGUACUACUACUGCACAAGCAUCACGUUGCCUUCAAAUGUUGACACUAUAGUUUUGUUUUUGUUGCUACUCUUGGUUGCUGUAGUAAAUUGUGAGUGAAGCGCCCAACAUUUCCUGUGGUUAGCCCCUACACGGAAGUAUGUUUUAAAAACACAUAUGCACGUAUGUUAAGCUACAAAGAGUACAUCAGAGUUCAUUCAUUGUUUAAAAGCUGUUGGCCCCUUUCUUUAUUUAUACAACACUGAUGGCAGACUACGAACUGUCUUGUUGUAAGAAAAUAAUGACUUGAAAUGCAUUACAGUGAAGCAGGGUUUAGGGUCGAUAACAAGAAUACAGCUUCAUCACAGCACAAACCUAUUUGUAGCUCUGUAAUAUUGUCAUGUCAUACUGAAUCAUAGUGCUCUUUCGUCUGUCUGUUGUCUUCAUAAUGAUGUCUAAAACUGUAGCCCAGUGGAUGGAUCUUGAAUUUUUAUGUUCUUUGUACUGCCGCAAACGCACAAUAGCUGAAGGAGUCUCAGUCUUAACAUCAGAAGAUGUUUUUCAUAAAGAAGUUUCUUUCUUGAAGGAGAGAUGAUCUCUGGUCCAAGUAGUAACAGGUUAAUACGAUGACAGUAUUUUUCCAGUCAUCUUGUACUCGGUCUAAAUAGCCACAGGUGUCACAUUUAAACUAAAUAAGCUGGUGGACUUUGGAUCUAGAUAGAAAACAUGUGCCAAAUUUAUCAGUGGAUUUUAAAUUAUAUAAUAUGCAUGUAUAUAUUGUCCAGUAUUGCCGAGAUGGCAUCAUGUUUUAUACAAAUGAUCUGCACUUGAACUGUACUAAAAAAAAUGCAUUAGAGACAUAAGUCAACUGAAGUCAAUUACUUGGUGUCAUAUAUUUCCAUUCUGAUGAUUAAUGUUUUCCAGAUCCUCUUUGAUAUUAAAACAGUUUUAUUUCA